UCACACUCAUGGCAAUCACUUAUUGUCAAAGAAAAAGAGAAAUAAGUCCGUUUGUUUAUGACCUUGAGAUUUGUCUUUUUUUUUUUUUUGGUAAUAAUGGGGAACUGCAUGGAGCGGUGGAUGCAAGGAGAAGGAGAAGAAGGAAAGAUGGAGGCAAAAGAGUCAUUCAAACUUGAUGGUGAUGAUGAUGACCAAGAUGGACGUCAAGGUGGAACGAAGGUGAAGAUAGUGCUUACAAGACAUGAAUUGGAUAUGUUUUUGCUUCAGAUGAAUAGGAAUCAUGAUGGAAACUUGAUGAUGACAAAGGAUGUUAUGGUAGAGCUAGAGAAGAGAAUCAUAAAACCGACAUCAUAUUUAUCAUCAUCACCAUCAUCGAUGGCGUGGGAACCGUCUUUAGAGAGCAUCUUCGAGUGCCCCGAAGUUCAAGAGAUGGAUAGAUGAAGAUGCUAUGACGAUCUAAAUUGCAUUGUGUUAAAUCACGGUGAUCGGAAAUUAUAUAAUUAACAUUUUUGCAUCACUCUAUGUUUUUAGAUAGAUAUUUUUUGUUAGACUAGACUCGAGGUCGAUAUCGUACCAUAUAUAUUAAGAUCUUUAAUC